CGUCUCUCUCAACCCGGCGCGGGCGCGUCCCCCGUUUCCCCUCUCGUCUCCCACCGCUGCGCGCGCGCGCGAGACUCUGCUGCUGCUGCGGCACCUCGAUCAAACCGGGCAUUUUUUCCAUUCCUGUGGCUUUGGGCUUGCGCAUUUGGCUGGGAUUUAUUUCACGCGGGGGAUCCAUCACUGCUCGCCGGUGUUCCCGUCCGUGUGCGUCUGGGGCUGGGGCGCACGUACGGCCGGCGUCCUCCUCCUCCUCCUGGCGCGACGCCGACGCGAUUGGCUUUGGGCCUUUGGUAGGCACUCUCGAUCGCGCGCCGGAAAUAGGCAGGCGGUGCAUGCAUGAGCAGGAAGAGGAGAGAAGGAGGCGGCGGCGGAAGAGGCGCUGGGACGGGGACGGGGGACCAUCACGGCGGCGGCAGCGGCAAGGGGUCGGGGGCCGGCGCCGAUGCCGUGUCCAUGGACGGCGGCCUCCGCGAGGUGUCUGUCUCCGUCGUCUUCUCCGUUUGGUGCAUCCUCUUCCUCCUCCGAUCCCAGUUCCUCCACAGCCAGACCGACGACGACCCUUCGUCAGAGUUCUACGAGGACCACCACGGCAGGCGCGACAGCUACUGCAAGGUGAGGCCGUUGGAGGCCUACGUGCUGCCCUACCAUAACGACUCCUCCACGACGACGUGCCAGUCCUCCUACUCGCAGCCGCAGCCGCCGCAAGAAUCGCCGUCGGCGUCCGCGCCCGCGCCCCCAGAGCUGCCGCCGCAGUACAAUGCCACCACCGGCGGCGGCAACAACGCGUCGUCGCCCGAGGCGGCGGCCUUCGUGGGCCUCGACGAGUUCCGCAGCCGCAUCAUGCAGGGCAAGGCGGAGAACGACACCGGCCGGCCCCGGCCCACGGACGGCGGCGCCGCGCACCGCCUGGAGCCCAACGGCGCCGAGUACAACUACGCCGCGGCGUCCAAGGGCGCCAAGGUGCUGGCGCACAACAAGGAGGCCAAGGGCGCCGGCAACAUCCUCGGCGGCGACAAGGACAAGUACCUGCGCAACCCGUGCUCCGCCGACGACAAGUUCGUGGUCGUCGAGCUCUCGGAGGAGACGCUCGUCGACACCGUCGCGCUGGCCAACCUGGAGCACUACUCCUCCAACUUCAGGGACUUCGAGGUGUACGGCAGCAUGAGCUACCCGACGGAGGCGUGGGAGCUGCUGGGACGGUUCACCGCCGAGAACGCCAAGCACGCGCAGCGAUUCGUGCUGCCGGAGCCCAGGUGGACGCGCUACCUCCGCCUGCGCCUCGUCAGCCACUACGGCUCCGGAUUCUACUGCAUCCUCAGUUACCUCGAGGUCUACGGCGUCGACGCCGUUGAGCGGAUGCUGCAGGACUUCAUCGCUGGCAAUGGCGCCGGCGCCGGCGCCGAGGCCGACGCAUCCAGGGACCGUGCCUCCAUCGACUUGGCCAGCCGGGACGUCGACAGCAACGACACCACCGCUCAGCAGGCGCGCCAGGUUCACGCUAAGCUGGAUGGCAACGGCGGCGCUGGGACUGGGAGGAACGACAGCAGCAGCGCCGGCGACGCGAAGAACAACGGCUCCAGGAGCGGCGACGCGAAGCUGCCGCCGCCGCUGGGAAAGGAGGCGAAGCCCCCGCAGGUAGCGGCGGCGCCGGGGUCGUCGACGGGGCGGAUCCACAGCGACGGCGUGCUAAAGAUCCUGAUGCAGAAGAUGCGGUCGCUGGAGCUGAGCCUGUCGACGCUGGAGGAGUACACGAGGGAGGUGAACCAGCGGUACGGCGCCAAGGUGCCGGACCUGCAGAACGGGCUCUCGCAGACGGCCGUGGCGCUGGAGAAGAUGAAGGCCGACGUGCACGUCCUCGUCGACUGGAAGGACAGCGUGGCCAAGGACGUGGACGAGCUCAAGGCCUGGAAGUCGACCGUCUCCGGCAAGCUGGACGACCUGAUCAAGGAGAACCAGGAGAUGAGGUGGAGCGUCGAGGAGAUGCGGGGCGUGCAGGAGACGCUGCAGAACAAGGAGCUGGCGGUGCUGUCCAUCAGCCUCUUCUUCGCGUGCCUGGCGCUCUUCAAGCUGGCGUGCGACCGCCUGCUCUGCCUCUUCGCCGGCAAGGGCAGCAGGGAGGAAGCCGACGCGGAGGAGCACACGAGGAGCAGCAGGGCGUGGAUGCUCGUGCUCGCCAGCAGCAGCUUCACCACCCUCAUCGUCCUGCUCUACAACUGAAACUUUCUAGACUUUCUACGUUCUUUGGUCAUGUUGUCCGCGACUCCGCGUAGCUCAUUAACGCCGCUAAUUCUCUUCACUCAAAGUAGAUGGGCCACUGGGUAGCGUAUGUAUUUCGGAAUAAAGCAGGAACUCAAAAAACACAGGUUCCUUGUUUAUUUUAAAACAACCACCUAUAUAUGUGUUCAAAACUAUAAUAAUACUCUGAAAGCAGCCCAAA